AUGCCCCGCUCCGAGUCCAGGCAGGGAGCAACUGCAGUUCGCGCGCGGCGUUUCUCAGACUCCCCGUGUCGGCUGGGCCAUGGACUACACUACGGCUCGCAGAGGUGUUUAGGCUGCAUGGGCCUCCAUCGGCGCGUUGGACUCCUCCAAGCUCAGAAGGACAAGCUGAAAGAUCUGGCAGCUUUGCAGCGCGAGGAACUCGCGCGCCUGGAAGAGGAUUGCAGCAAGCUCCGGACGAAAAGAAAUCUUGAGCAGGCAGACUUUGACCUUCAGAGCUAUUCCCGCAAGUGUUUGGCAGACAUAUCGCUAUCAGAACUUCAGCAUCUUCUGGACCAGCGCAAGCAUCUCGAGGAGGAGCUAAGCAGCUUUAGGGCUGGUCCAGACCGUCUUCGAAGCAGCCGUCAGGCUGAGGUGGAGCACGCAGCUGCCAGGGAGGCGUGGCUGCUAGAGCAUCGACAGCUGAAACAGGAUGUUGCAGCAGCUCAGGCUUAUGUUGCUUCUUUGGAGCAAGAAAUUGAAAGCCGGAGGGAAAGAGUCACGCUGGGCCGCUUGGCCGAUGCGGAGCGCAGCCGGCAGUUGCGUGAGCAGGUCGCUGAGCAGCGACAGCUUUGCAGAGCCACGCAGCAGGCACUACAGGAUGCUGAGACUGACCUGGCAGCGGCCCAGGCACAGAGGCGAAAGUUCACUCCAUCGGAUGCUGUCACAGCCCGUGCAAGGGACCUCAAGGCAGAGAUGGCGGCUUUGGCAGACGAACGGCGGGAAGGGGCGGAAGCAUUGCAGCUUGCCAGCGAGGAGCUGGAGAAGCUUCGGCGAGAGCUUGGCGCCAUCUUAGCAGAUAACGCUCAACUACGCUCCGGCCUCCAGGACGUAAUGCAUGGCUUGGAGCAGGUUCAGCAUCAGCUGUGA